GGGGAAGGAGGAUUCCCAGUACUGGGACAGAAACACCCAGAUAGCACGUGGCGAUGAGGAGGACUUCAGAGUCGGCCUGGAGAAUCUGAGGAAUCGCUACAAUCAGAGUGAAGGCCUUCACACGUUGCAGUGGAUGUGUGGCUGUGAACUCCAUGCAAACAGGAGCAAAGGAGGGUUUAUGCAGUUUGGCUAUGAAGGGAAGACUUUCAUCAUGUUCGACAAGGAUACCCUCACUUGGGUGGCUCCCGUCCCCCAGGCCCAGAUCAGCAAGAGGAAAUUGGAUGCUAUUCCAGGAUAUAACCAGAGAAAGAAAGCCUACCUGGAGGAAACCUGCAUUGAGUGGCUGGAGAAGUACCUGUCCUAUGGGAAAGAGACGCUGCUGAGGGCAGAGCCCCCAGAGGCGACGCUGGAGAGAGGCAAGACAGAGGUGGAGGAUGGGAUGGAGAUGCACAUCUGCCGCCUGGAUGGCUUCUACCCCAGGGAGAUCGAUGCCUUCUGGACGAGGGACGGGGAGGUCUGGGAGGAGGAGACCUUCCAUAAGUCUGUGGCCCCCAACGCGGAUGGGACCUACCACUACUGGCUCAGCAUCUGGAUCGACCCCAAAGAGAGGAGCCGCUAUCGGUGCCAUGUGGAGCACGACGGCCUGCCGGAGCCUCUGGACCUGGCCCUGAAAGAACCAACCAAUUCAAAAUCCAACCUGGGGAUCAUCAUCAGCUGCGUUGUGGCUGCUCUUGUCCUGGUGGGUGUGAUUGCUGGGAUCCUGGUAUUCUUCAAGAGACGCCAGGGUGGCUACAAAGCAACGCCAACAAGUGACAAAGGAUCCAACAGUUCAGACCAGGGGAGCAACCAGGCCGCUUAGCAGCCCCCUUGCAGGUGAGUGGACUGGUGGGGGCCACAUGGGGUGAGAGGGAGGGAGGGAGGGAGGGGAGGGCUUUGGGGUCCAAGG